GACUAAAUUUUUGGAUUAAAAUUUUGUUCCAGGAUCAACAAAAUAUGUUAACCCAGGACCUAAUCGAACUCAGCAAAAUUAUAUCAAAUAGUUUACGGUGAAAUAUUUUAUCAAAAUACUGUGUCUCGGCUGGUGGUCACAUGGGUUCACUAGAAGAUUGUACUGCUCAUACUAAUUCAUUAUUUGUGUUCUUCUUGUUUCAACUGUGUGGAUAGGGAUGAUCAAACUAUCCUGCAGCAGGAUACUGACCAAAAAGCAGAUUAUGAACUACAGAGAGCCAAAGAUCAACACAAAAUUAGCGUGAAGAACAAGUAUGACAGCGUUUAUGAGAGGAACAGGAUCUAUGCACAACUCUGUAUCAUACAUGGAGAAAAUGAAGGGGUGAAUGAAGAACAUGAAGUGUUGUGCAUGGAGAAAAAAGCAAGAUUAGAAGAUACUUCAAUCAACUGCAACAACAUCUUUAAAGACCCACCUGGACCAGGAUGUAAGAAAGGCAAAAUAAAGGUAGUUCUUACCAAAGGCAUGGCUGGAAUUGGAAAAACAGUCUCUGUGCAGAAGUUCAUACUGGACUGGGCCGAGGGGAAAGCCAAUCAGGAUGUAGAUUUCAUGUUUGUGCUUCCAUUUCGAGAGAUGAACUUGAUUCAGCAUCAUCAGUACAGUCUUCAUAGACUUGUGCUGGAGUUUCAUCCUGAGCUUCAGGAUCUGGACUCAAAGUUCUAUGAGCAGUGUAAAGUUGUGUUCAUCUUUGAUGGUCUGGAUGAAAGCAGAACUAAGCUUACAUUUUCAGACAGUGAGAAAAUUUCUGAUGUUACUGAGACUUCAUCAGUGGGCAUGUUAAUUUCAAAUGUCAUGAAAGGAGAUCUGCUUCCCUCUGCUUACAUCUGGAUCACCUCAAGACCAGCAGCAGCCAAUCAGAUUCCCUCCAAAAAUAUUGACCGUGUGACUGAGAUUCAGGGAUUUAAUGAGCAUCAGAAGGAGGAAUAUUUCAGGAAGAGGGUCAGUGAUGAAUAUCAAGCAAGCAGAAUAAUUUCACACAUUACAAGAAUAAGAAGCCUCCAAAUCAUGUGCCACAUCCCUGUCUUCUGCUGGAUCUCAUCCACUGUGCUGCAGAAGCUCCUGAAAGAUGAUCUGAAUGCAGAAAUCCCGCAAACUCUGACUGAAAUAUACAUUCACUUCUUACUCUCUCAGAUAAAUGUGGGAAAUCAAAAACAUGAAGAGAGAGAUCCAGAGAAACUCCAACAGCAGUACAACAAAGAAGUGAUCGUUAAACUUGCUGAACUGGCUUUUAAACAACUGAUGAAGGGCAAUGUCAUGUUCUCUGAGGAGGAUCUAAUUGAGAGCGGUAUAGGCAUCACUGAUGGCUCAGUGUAUUCUGGGAUUUGCACUGAGAUCUUUAAAGAGGAAUCUGUGAUUCAUCAAAGGAAAGUCUACAGCUUCAUCCAUCUGAGCUUUCAGGAGUUUCUAGCUGCUUUGUAUGUAUCUCACUGUCAUGUGAUGAACAACAUGGAGCCGUUACAGUUGUUUCUGGAUGAUAAAAAUGAGAAGGACAGACCAAAGAGUAACAGGCGCAGAUCUAAGAAAAUUCCUUUGUUUCAGCUACUAAAAUUAGCAGCUGAUAAGACUAAUCAGACUGAAAAUGGCAACCUGGAUCUUUUUCUGCGGUUCUUGCUGGGCAUCUCACUAGACUCCAACCAGGAACUCUUAAAGGAUCUACUGUCACAGACAGAGGACAACUCAAAGAACAUCAAAGGAUUCAAGCGGUACAUUCAGAACACAAUCAAGACAAAUGACAAUCUUUCAGUCAACAAAUGCAUCAAUCUGUUCCUCUGUUUGCUGGAAAUGAAUGAUCAGACUCUGUAUCAAGAAAUUCAGGAGUUUGUGAAAUCAGACAAAAAGUCAGAUAUGUAUCUCUCUUCUGCUCACUGUUCAGUGAUAGCCUUUGUGCUUCAGAUAUCAGAGGAGGUGCUGGAUGAGUUUAACCCUAUGGAAUACAAAACAACAGAGGAGGGGAGAUGGAGAUUGAUCCCAGCUGUGAUAAACAGCACAAAAGCUCUACUUGGUAGAAUGCGUAUUUCUAUUCAGCAGUGUGACAGUUUGUCUUUAGCUCUACGCUCAUCAAACUCUUGCCUGAAACAGCUGGACUUGAGUAACAAUAACCUACAGGACUCAUCAGUGAAGCUGCUUGCUGCUGGACUGAAGAGUUCACACUGUCAGCUAAACAUACUGAGACUUGCUAGAUGUCAUCUGUCCCAUCAGUGCUGUGAAAGUUUGUCUUCAGCUCUUCUGUCAUCAAACUCUCUAACAGAGUUGGACCUGAGUAAUAAUGCCCUGCAGGAUUUAGGAGUGAAUCUGCUUUCCGCUGGACUGAAGAAUUCAAACUGUAAACUGAAUAUACUAAGACUGGUCUUCUGCACUCUCACUGAUCAGUGCUGUGAAAGUUUGUCUUCAGCUUUACAAUCAUCAGACUCUCAGCUCAGAGAGUUGGACCUGAGCAACAAUGACUUACAGGAUUCAGGAGUUAAGCUGCUCUCUAUUGGCCUGAAGAAUCUAAACUGUCAACUGAACAUACUGAGGUUAUCUGGCUGUAUGUUGACAGAGAAAGGCUGUGAUUAUGUGUCUUCAGCUCUGAGUUCAAACCCCUCACACCUGAGAGAGCUGGAUCUGAGCUACAAUCACCCAGGAGAUUCAGGAGUCAAUCUGCUCUCUGAAAAACUGGAGGAUGCAAAAUACAGACUGGAUAAACUCAAUAUGGAUCAUGGAGGGGAGUUCAGGAUUAAAGCAGGACUACACAAAUAUUUCUGUGAUCUCACACUGGAUCCAAUCACAGCCAACAAAGACCUCAUUCUGUCUGAAGAUAACAAGGUGACAUAUGUGGAAGAGACACAGGCAUAUCCUGAACAUCCAGAGAGAUUUGAAAGGCUUCCUCAAGUUCUGAGUAGAGAGAGUCUGUCUGGACGCUGUUACUGGGAGGUUGAAUGGAGUGGACACACAGAUAUCGCUGUGGCAUAUAAAGGCAUCGGCAGGAGAGGAAAGCGUGCCGACUGCUGGUUUGGAUUCAAUAAUAACUCCUGGUGUCUGGCCUGCAUGUAUGACACGUUCUGUGCCUGGUACAAUUAUCAUGCCACUGACACGCAUGUCUCUUUAAGCUCUUCUAAUAGAAUAGGAGUAUAUGUGGAUGUGUCAGCCGGCAUUCUGUCCUUCUACGAUGUUUCUAAAGCACACAAACUCAUACACAUACACACAUUCAACAACACAUUCACAGAACCUCUCUAUGCUGGAUUCGGGCUUAUAGCUUAUGCAUUUAACUCCACAUUAUCUCUGUGUCAGUCUGAUAACCCUGCGGGUAAUAAUACAGAUGACUGACAUUUUGUAAGUAACAUGCCGAGGUCAACGACCUAUACUUAUUUGUUCUUGUUUCUGGUACCAGCACAGUAAACAAUGGCAUAAUAGGAUAGUUCUGUGAAAACGGCAUGUCCCACAAAUUAUUGAGCUUGUGACGCAUGUAAAGAAAUGAUGGCUAUGUUCUGAUGGCUGGUUCUGCAGCCAAACAUUUUGGAUAGUGAUUAAAGUCUAUUAGUCAUUGUGGGGCUGAUGGGUCAAUUUGAGUAUCUCGAGUACAUAUUCACAAUGUUUAAAUAGUGCUGCUCAACUAUCAUUUUAUUGCAUUUUUUGUUGUAAUUCAGUCAUUUUCUUGUUCUGAAGUACUCUGGGGUUGGGUUUAUUGUAAUCUGUGUGGAGUCAGAAUGCAAUAAAGAUGCAGAUUUUUCUUAAACUUU